CUCUCAUUUUCAAGUAAAAACAAGAUUGGCUGUUCUGGCAUUGUUCUUCGAGUAUCCUUUGGAGCUUCCAGAUUCUAAUAAUUUUACACUAAGAAGAGUUCUUUUUUUUUUUUUUUCUUUUUGUCUUUGCCUGGGGCUUGAAAAAAUUAUGCUCCCGCGGUGAUGCUUCUUCUGCUUUUGAAUUUUGUUGCCCAAAGCUCGUAAAUUUUUAUCAAAAGUUUCAAGUUUGGGUUCAAAUUUAGACUUGCGGAAUUAGUUUUGGAAUUGAUGGUAGAAACAACACCAUGUUGCCUUUGUUAAUAAUUCCUCUAUUAAUUCCUUGGGGAGCAUAAUUUUAAGUUGUCGUUUUUUUAGGUUUUCGCACUCGGACCAUGAAUAAAAGUCAUCUCUUUUGUUUCCUUUGCUUUUAUUUUUUCAGGGACUUUGGUUGGUACCGACUGAGGCUUGCAAAGUUGAUAUUUUGUUUUAUUCAUUUUUUCUCUCAUUUGAGUUUCGAUCUUGGGGACCUGUUGUGAUUUCGCUUGUGAAUAGACCAAGAGAUGGAGACCAAUGUGGUGAGGAAGGGGCCUCCACUGGAUCCUUCAGAGUUCAGGCUUCAGGCCCACCACUCCUUCACCUUCGACCACCAGCUUUUGAGCUUGAAAUAUGGUCCUGCCCUCAAGACUCAGCCACCUAAGCUUCUUAAUUCAAGAUGGAAUUUGAGGACCCAUACCGACAAGCUCAGAGACCCAAAUAUGAUUGUCUUCUCUUUGACCUAGAUGAUACUCUUUAUCCCUUGAGCUCUGGUUUAGCGAUAGAAUGCCGCAACAACAUCCAAGAUUAUAUGGUUCAAAAGCUUGGCAUAGAGGAGAGCAAAGCUUCUGAUAUGUGUAAUCUACUAUACAAAAAUUAUGGCACGACAAUGGCUGGUCUCAGGGCCAUUGGCUAUGAUUUUGAUUACGAUGAUUAUCACAGUUUUGUUCACGGAAGAUUACCUUAUGAGAAACUAAAACCCGAUCCUGUUCUAAGGAGUCUCUUACUAAGCUUGCCUAUUCGUAAAGUUAUAUUCACAAACGCAGAUAAGAUCCAUGCUGCCAAAGUUCUUAGCAGACUCGGGUUGGAGGACUGUUUUGAAGGGAUUAUAUGCUUUGAGACCCUGAAUCCUACACACAAGAAUGCUGUCUCUGAUGAUGAGGAUGAUUCUGGGUUUGGCGGUUCAAAACCAACUACCACAGGCUCUGAUCAAUACUUCGACAUUAUUGGGCACUUUUCUCAGCCUAGUGCUGGAUUGGAAUUGCCAAAUACACCAGUUGUCUGCAAACCAUCUGAAAUUGCCAUUGAAAGAGCACUCAAGAUAGGAAACAUCAAUCCCCAGAGAACGAUGUUCUUUGACGAUAGUGUUCGAAACAUACAGUCAGGAAAACGUGUGGGUCUUCAUACUGUGCUGGUGGGCACUUCUUACAGAACCAAGGGUUCUGAUUUUGCAUUGGAAAGCAUUCACAACAUCAGGGAAGCAUUGCCGGAGCUCUGGGAAGCCGAGGAAAAGUCAGAGAAGGUCAGAUAUUCCGGCAAGGUUGCAAUAGAGACAUCUGUGACAGCUUAGGUGUAGAAAGAAAAAAUGUGUCCGGCGAUGCGAUGCUAUAUAUCUACAAUCUACAUGUUGUAAUAUCAUCAUCAUUCAAUAAAUAUAAAUAAAAAAUUAACCCCCAAAAAAAUUGCCUGUUUUGUGU